AUGGAAGCCCAUUUACACGACGUGCCUGUCCUAAGUACUUUGCAACCGAUGCACAUUCAUCAACAACAACAAAAUAUAAAUCAAAUAAAUAUUCAGCAUCAGCAGCAAGUAGAACCUCUUCCGCCGCCUCCAGAGCACAAGCCAAAAGUAGAUAAAAAGAAAAAAGAGGCUAUAGAUGGACAAGCACGCGAAAUCAUAUUCAAAGUAAUCAAAUUCUUCGAAAGCGAAAAGCAAAAUAGAGGAUAUGCAUUUCCAGUGGAAAAUGUAGUAAAACGCGCCUGUGCAGCAACUGGGCUCUCAGAAAGUACAAUAAAACGAAUAAAAAAGGGAAGGACUGCGCGCUGA